AUGACCGCUCCCGCACCGAGCUCGAAGUGGACCGUGGCCGCACCGCUCGACUCGCGCAAACGCACCAUACGUCCAACCACCUCCGACAGCUACGGGGACUGGACUCUGGAUCAACUCAAGCUUGAUAACACUCGCAAACAAGACCGUGUGGAACUACUAAAAGCAUGGGACUCAAACAAAGAAGCCGUUCAAGCUCUGGUUGUUCGUCAACGCAAGCGAUCCAAAGGGGUAAGUGAAGAAGAGGAGAGACGCAGCGCUGGCUGCAUGUUUCGGCUCAUUAACGUACUCUUUUCUGAUCGGUUUUUCGACUCGUUCCUGACUUCCGGAAAUUUGCUCCCGCGUGACGUCCUCGAUGACGGAGGCUCCACCUUUUGGUUUGAUGUGGCAAAUGCAUUUGCCUCAGAUACCACUGAGUACGACACAUUGAUCUCGGGCGACGCUGUCUUUGAAGACAUCGACACCUCCUCGCACAUGGUACAUUCGGCAGUCAAGUUGAAGAGGAUGUCUAAGGAGGUUAGCAGCCACUUUGCGAGAGCUGAAGCUGCAGAAGUUGGCCACGUACUUGCUGAAUGCUUGGAAAAGAAGAAGAUGCUGGAAUCAAACAUCAACGAGCUGGAGUCCGAAAUCAUCAACGGGUUACGCUAG